CCCCCGGCAUUGGGGCCAUUCUUUUCUUUCAUUCAGUUCGGUGGAGGUUACCUACCGCCUGCCUUUCUGUCCAGGGCAUCCAUCCAUCCCAUUCUCCUCCCCCGGACAGAACAGGACAGGAAAGCUUUCUCUGCCCUUUUCUUUCCUUUCGCCUUGUGUCAUUUUUUUAUUAUUUUUUAUUUUGGCUCUGAGGGUUUUUGUUUUUACGUUUCCCCUUCAAUCUCCCCAUCAACACCAGAGAUUCACUUUACACUUCGCUCGCUCGCUCGCCUCGACCUACUCUUCUCCAAUCCCUCCUCCAUCGUGGUCGUCGCCCUUCUUGUUGCCUCCUCACCACCAUUGUUGGGACCGGUUCUGUCUGGAAUGCUCUUUUCUGCCCUCCCCGCCAUACCUGUCCGAGACUGAGACGUCUCCGUCCGCCUCCCCGUCGUUCAUCGCUUGGCCCUUCCAACUCUUCUUCUCUUCGCUUCCUAAUCCCAACCUUGACCCUUUUAUUCGUAAUACUAAUAUUAUCCCAACUCGCACUAUAAUCUAUACCUUGCCCUGCCUCGCCCCCUCCUUCUCCCUCACACGCCCACCCGCCCUCUUUUACCACUACGACGACCCGACCCCGGAUCCAUUCUUACUCGCUCCUCUCCUUCCCUCAAAGCCCCUCCUCACCAACCAGGGGCUAUCCUGCCUGCCAUGUCUAUGUGCGACUACUGAACGCGGCCCUUUUUCUUUCUCCAGCGCGACCUUCUCUCGCUCGUUCUCUCUCCCUCGUUGCCAAUUGUUGCCCUCUGUUCCUCUCGUCCCACCAACAACCGCAACAAACAACGACGACCAUAAAUAUCUGUGAGACGGGCAGUGACAGUAGUGGUUCUCUGUAAGCGCCCGCGUCGCACAGCGUCGUCUUUGCGCCUACUUGGCUCAUCGGCCUGCCGUAUCGCAUCCCACGGUCUUGGUCCCGAUUACCACCCAAUCCGCCCUGUCGAGCGGUUGUGACAGUCGUCGCAUACCAAUGGUCUCUGCUGCUCGUCUAUAGCGCCCGAGACACAGCAUUUGUACGCCAUGGCUGCCUCGACCGGCUUCCCACGCAUGUCCUUCGGUGCUGGCAAUAACCUCGACUUGAGUCUGGAUCUUCCCAUCGUUCUCUUGCCUCCGCCUGAUGGCCAUCCCUCCCCCAUAUUUGAGAGCGACGAUGAGGAUGCUCAACGGACACCCACCUCGGCAACCGUGCCCCAAAUCCCACUGCGCAACACACGCCGCUUCAACAACGAGUCCCCGACACUGGCCAGCUCCAAGGUUCCCUGCCAUCCCAUUCCCUCGAUGCAAGCCGCCUUUGCCGAGUCAUUUCUCGAAGUUGCCGACGGCAACCCCGCCGACAAGCCGAAACUCAAAACCGCCGACGCGAAGGUCCGUCGAGAGGAUCUUAUUAGCCAAGAGCGCGAAGAUGACCUGCCCGAUAUGCUCUGGCGCUAUCGGCCCGGCCAGCAGCAGCAUGAGCUCCAGAAGCUAAUGGCUCAGAUAUCUUUUGGCGUCUAUCUGCUGCUGCACGGCAUGGCCAAUAGCGCGGCUCAAGUUGUCAGCAUUCUGCAGGGCCAUAUCGACGAGGUGGAUGAGUUUCUGGAAGUCAUCAUGGAGGAUUUUGACCAGGCAACCAAGGACCUGAAGGAGAGAAUUGACUACCUUCGUCUGCCCAUGGAGAACCUCGAGGCCUUUGAGAAGAUGUUGGAGGAUCGCCACUUUCGACUUGAGAUCGUUCAGGGGAACGAGAAGAUUGAACACAUUGUGGCCCGCACCAACGUCCAACUUGAACAGUACGACAAGGAUGUGCAGCAGGGCUUGGCCGCAACCAAAGAAUUUGCCAUUUAUCUAGCUCAACAAAAUGCGGGCACUUGGCGUCAAGAUCGUCCAGACGUUGUGGACAUUUACGUUGCCAUGAAAGGCAAUACAGAGGGCUGGUACAAUGCCUUUGUCGAGUUGCAGACUCAGGGCAAGGAGCUGAACUCUCUGGUCAUCAAGCUCGCAAAAAUGGUGGCAGAAAUGAGUAAGAAGGCCGGUGAAGUAAGUCGGAGAACCUGGGCCAGCAUCCCACCUUUCUCCUUGCCUCUGCACGGGGCUCGAACCGACGAUGCCUCACUUAGCUCGCCACCUUCUUCACCCCCAUCCUCGAGGGCUGCGAGGCGCUCAACUCUACGCGCGAACAGCGUGAGUGGCUCCUUUUCAACUGGGGCAAGGUCAAGCUCAAACACCGCCUACUUCGACAUGCCCCUACAGAGACCAUCACCGGCCGCUUCCCCAGAUCAACAGUCCGUCAAGACACACAAGACGUCGCACUCAAACAUUACAACGCAUUCAUACCACACCACACACUCACACAACACUUCCAAUUCUCAACAGACGUCUCACUCGCACGGAACAACGCGUUCACACGAUACCGGGCGCACGGGCAACACCGCGCACACUACCAGAAGCACCCAGUCAAACACACCUAGGCUGACUUUGGAAGCGCCCGACGGGCCUGUGUCGGAGCCCAUUGGUGAUGAGGAAGUUGAGGUCGCACUGGACGACGCACCUCUCUAUAUUCUCCAGCCGCGGACAUAUACGCCGCAGCCACAGGAGGCCUUCCCACCUUCCGCGACAACAGAACCAAGCAAGUUUCAAACCCAGCGGGAGGCGCCCACGCCCACAAAGCAGACCUCGCUACGUCAACGUGUCUCGUUGAAGACAACCCCUCCAGAGUCGAUCUUGAUUCCGCCACCAGCGACAGACCUUCCUCACACUGGGCAAGAAUCGCCCCGAGAGUAUCACGCCCCGGAUUCGGCGUAUGGGUCAGACAUCGAGCAGCGGCCGCGUUAUCACACAUCUAACGAGCUUUCUCCGCCGGUGCAGCCACCUGUGCUACCUUCUCCGCGAUCCGAGCAUCAAUACUACCGCCCUGUGCAAGCGAGCCCCCAUUCUCCGCUCCAGCAGAGGCCCCUCACCGCAGGUGCACAACCAAGGUCACCUUACGAGCAUCAGUCCGGGUACUAUCCAACACACCAGAGGAACGCGCCGUCUCGACUGGGUGGUGCAAGCAUGCUGAGCACAGUUACCACCAUGACAUACGACUCGCAGAUGACGGCCAGCGGAGAGAAGCGACUCAAGAAGAAACGCAGUGCCUUUGGCUGGCUGAAGAAAGCCUUCUCUCUCGAUGAGGAAGAGCGCCAGGCAUACGAGGCGCGACGACAACAGCAAACACCCAAUAUGUACUAUGACAACAAAAGUCCCAAAUUCCUGGAUGGUAAGAGGGUGACGCCCCGCUGAGACGACCGCGUGUGUAGUUUGCGGUACGCCGACCCUCGAACUACUCGCAGAAUUCGCCAUGCUGCGGUCUUCACUCACCCUGGUCUUCGGCAUACGCCCGCGAUAUUGAUACCCCGGACUACUUUUAAACAUUUAUCACUGCAUUUAGGCGCAUCUAUUACCACCACUAUGAGCUGACGAGGUGUCGUGUCCAUAUCUCGUCUAGACUUCGUUCGCAUUUGGUGUACUUUUCAAUCUCUCUGUUCACACAUCAUUGGGAUAAGGGCUUUCGACUGGGCAAAGGACGGGCUGAACAACACCAGCAUCCUGCGAGGUGUCGGGGCGUUUUCCAUGUAGCGAUUUGUCAUUUUGCUUGAUGCAUUUAUAAAGCCAAAACUACUCUGCGCGCCCUUGCAUAGGCAGUAAUGUAUGCUUCGAUGAGAAUCAGAAGGCAACGACGAAUAACGUCCGACACAAUCUUC